CGCUGUUUGUUUAGUCGUUGGAGGAACUCCUCGCCUAGUGUGACGCUCUGGUGUCCGAUUAUACAUUUAGGCUGUUGAGUGGGGCCCACCGUCAACUUUAAAAUAGCUUCAGUAAAUUUGAUUGACCACAAAUAUCCAUAUGACGGCUGGGGACAACUGCAGAGUGUUCGGAGGAGGCGCCUACUGCCCUCUUCUGGUUGGACUUCUGUGGGGAUCCCUUGCUUGCAGCGUCCUAGGGGACGCGGUGGAAGUUAUAGAGCUGGGAAACAAUUGGAUGAUAACUAAUCAAAACGGCUCCCUGAGUAGAGACGACCAAACCCUUCCCUCCGGUAUAUAUAGCGCCUUCGGACCCCAAGUUUUACACUCCUAUAAUGACAUUGACCUGCGUUGGCUGGCCUACGACAAUUGGACCUACUCGAAUCGUUUUCAAUUCGACGUCCAUCACUACAAACGAGGACAUAUAAAUCUAACGUUUCAUGGCAUUGACACGGUGUCGGAGAUACGUCUGAAUCAUCAGCUCCUGGGCCGCACGGAUAACAUGUUCGUGCGCUACUCAUAUGACGUCAGCACUCUCCUACAGACAGAAAACUUGCUGGAGGUGGUGAUUCUCUCGCCUGUAUUGGCGGCCCUCUCAAGGGCCCAAGCUCUGGACAAGGAUGGCAAGAGUGUGCCGCCGGAAUGCCCUAACAAGCGCUAUCACGGUGAGUGCCAUAUGAAUAUGUUGCGGAAGAUGCAGGCGAGCUUCUCCUGGGACUGGGGUCCCGCAGUCCCCUCUGCUGGGAUCUGGAAGAACGUAGAGCUUGAGAUCUACGAGGUGGCCGUUAUCCGCGACGUUGACGUGGACGUCAGGCGCAACGACUCGCACUGGAACAUGCACAUUCGCUGCUAUCUAGACGCGGUGGGCAAGGAGAACUUCUACGGAAGACUUAUUCUAUAUGCAGUCGAGCUAUUGGAGCGUCCGGUGGUGGUGGAGACUUAUGUAUCGAAAUCGAUUAGCUUCUUGGCGCCGGUAAUUGAGUUCGAUCAAGCUGUGCCCAUUGAGAAAGUCGUGACCUGGUGGCCCAAUGGCUACGGCGAGCAGAAACUUUAUCCGCUUCAUUUCACACUCAAGACCUGGAUAGGCGCUGAUGGACCCGAGAUCCGCUCGAAGACCAAGUCUCACAAGUCUGUCGGCGUUGGUUUCCGCACUCUAGAAUUGGUUGAGGUACCUGCCCCAGACGGUUUGGGAAAUACCUUCCUUUUCCGUGUCAACGGCAUCGAAAUUUUUAUGAAGGGAAGCAAUUAUAUACCAUCCGACAUUCUGCCAGAAUUACAGGGAAAUGAACAAAUUGGUCAUUUACUAAGGUCGGCCAAGGAAGCCAACAUGAACAUGCUGAGAGUGUGGGGAGGAGGGGUCUACGAGUCGGACUACUUUUACCAGCUCGCCGACAGCCUCGGCAUCCUUAUCUGGCAGGAUAUGAUGUUUGCAUGCGCCAUGUACCCGGUGAGCGACGACUUUCUGUCCUCAGUGCGUGAAGAAGUUCGUCAGAAUGCCAAGCGUCUGUCGCAUCACCCCAGCGUUGCCAUUUUUGUGACCAACAACGAGAACGAAGCCGCGUUGGUACAGAAUUGGUAUGGAACGUUUAGUGAUAGAGAACGAUUCGAAAGCGAGUACCGAGAGCUUUACCUGGCCAAUGUCAUUCACGAACUGAAAAUAGUUUCCCAUGGCUCUCGGCCCCAGCCACUGGUUUCAUCUCCGUCCAAUGGAAAGGCGAGUGAGCAGGAUAACUACAUUUCUAGAGACCCACAGGACAACCACAACGGCGAUGUACACUUCUACGACUACUUAAAGGAUGCUUGGAAUCCAGAGAUUUAUCCACGCCCUCGGUUUGCUAGUGAAUACGGUUUUCAGAGCUUUCCCGGAGCCUAUGCCUGGCAGCGCAGCAAGAACGACGACGACGCCCUCCUUCCUCUCUUAAACCACCGGCAACACCAUCCACUGGGAAAUAUUCCCGUGAUUACUCUGGUCGAGAGACACCUUCCGCUUCCCAUGCCAGAGGACGAGAACUAUCCCAACGCCCUGAUCUAUUUUAGCCAAAUUGCCCAGGCGAUGGCUACCAAGACCGAAACGGAACUGUACCGAAGCCUUCGGGACACCCCACACAAUACAAUGGGCGCCCUUUACUGGCAACUAAAUGAUGUAUGGGUGGCGCCAUCUUGGUCCAGCAUUGAUGUCUACGGUAACUGGAAGCUUCUUCAAUACUGGGCCCGUGACUUCCUCGCCCCCAUCGCUAUCGUUGCCCUCUACGACCGGCCAACCAACUCGCUGAACAUCUCACUGAUUUGCGACCAGCUGCAGCCAAACACCCGCGGUUUGAUGGUCACAGCCAAUGUCCAUCUCUGGUCCCAGCUGCUUCCGCGCAAUUCAACCAGCUGGGUAGUUACCCUGCGGCCGAAUGGUGUUCAGUACGACAAGGUCAUUCCCAUCACGGAACUGCUUAAUGGGGAUUUUACCAUAUACAACGCCUUUUUGGAGUUUCAGCUGCGCCGAGGCCAGGAGGUAAUCUCCAGAACUUACUUCUUUCCCGCCAGCAUUGCCGCAGCGAUCGGCAUUGAAGACCCCGGAUUGGAGUACGAGAUCGCCUCCAGGACCUGUCUAACUACUGGCAACGUAAUCCGGAAUAGUAUCAGCAUCAGCAUCCAGGUGAAGCGACCGGCAGUGUUCGUGUAUCUGGAACUAUUGAAACCAUACCGCUACACUCUGUCCGAAAACGGAUUCAUGCAGACAACGCCGAUGCACGUCGUCUAUCUGACCUUCGACGCCACAUCGUGCGCCCGAUUGCUGCGCAAAUCGGACCUUCGAGUGUUAACUGUAAAUGAUUUUAUGAAAUAGACUUCUGUACUUUCCUUGACAACUUUAAUGCGAACUUCUAUAAAUAGCUUAACAAAAACAAACCAAUAAAUAUAUCAGUUAACCGUUUAGCACCCAAUA